AUGGCCCGAUUCAACUUCAUUCACUACCUCUUCGCUGUCUUUGUCGUGCUGGCCAUGGCCGCUCACGCUCGACCGGCCUCGUCUGACGCAGAUAUGGACACUGUUACUGGUAUGUCCGGCAUGUCGACGAAGGCCGACUCUAGUAUGGGAGGCGUAGAUAAGCGCUCGGGCAAUACACCGAUGGCCGAUACCGAGGCCGAAUAUAUGGAGGAUAUGAAGGAAGCCAUUCAGGCUGCUGCCGAGGCUGCCUCCAAGGCCACUGCCACCACUGCUGGUCCUCGUCCUACCACUGCUGGCCCUCGUCCUACUCCUGGCGUGGCCACCACGGUCCCUACCACCACCACUGCUGCUACUACUGCUGCUACUACUGCUGCUACUACUGCUGCUUCUGCUCCUAGCAAGCCUUCGGGCAGCUCGAAGCCAUCACCAUCGGCUGCUCCGACCGCAUCCAGCCCGGCUGAAAAGUCCAGCCUUCUGGCGGGAGUUCCCCUCAUUGGUCCUAUGCUUGCUGGUCUUGCUUAG